CUCGUCCCGCGGCCGCUGCCCGGCGCCGCUCUGCGCCGCUUCCGGGCCUCGCUGGGGGGCGGCGCCAUGGCGGCCGUGGAUGUGAGAGAUAACCUCUUGGGAAUUUCCUGGGUGGACAGUUCCUGGAUUCCAAUCCUAAACAAUGGGAGUGUGUUGGACUACUUCUCGGAGCGAAGUAACCCAUUCUACGACCGAACGUGUAAUAAUGAAGUUGUCAAAAUGCAGCGAAUGACCUUGGACCAUCUGAACCAGAUGGUUGGAGUGGAGUACAUUCUUCUUCAUGCUCAAGAGCCUAUUCUCUUCAUUAUCCGAAAGCAGCAAAGGCAAUCUCCAACACAAGUUAUUCCAUUGGCUGACUACUACAUUAUUGCUGGAGUGAUUUAUCAGGCACCUGAUCUAGGGUCUGUCAUUAAUUCCAGAGUUCUCACUGCAGUGCAUGGAAUUCAGUCUGCUUUUGAAGAAGCAAUGUCCUACUGUCGCUAUCACCCAUCAAAAGGCUAUUGGUGGCACUUCAAAGAUCAAGAGGAACGAGAGAAAGCUAAACCAAAAGCCAAGAAGAAAGAAGAACCAAGUUCUAUUUUCCAAAGGCAACGGGUAGAUGCUUUGCUUCUAGACCUAAGACAAAAGUUUCCACCCAGAUUUGUUCAGCAAAAGCCUGGAGAAAAACCUAUCCCAGUGGAUCAAAUCAAGAAGGAACCAGAACCAGCCCCUGAAGCUGUCAAGCAAGAGGAAAAAGAGACUGUAAAGAAUGCUCAGCAGAGUGCUAGCGCUAAAGGACCACCUGAAAAACGGAUGAGACUCCAGUGAAGGGAGAAGUUGUUACACGUCUGGAUUAGUAGCUGGAAAACAGCAGAUUCUUGCUCCCCUAUCUUCAUAUUUAAGCUCUUCAACUAAGACUGACAAUUCAGGGAUUGAAGUCCCUGUAACAGCUUUUUCUGUAGAAGCCUGUCACAAAAAUGUUAAUGGCAGGGUGCGAGUUGCCUCAAAGAAGGUGUUUUCAGUUUUUGUCUAAUUUUGAAUGUUGACUCCUGGGAAUGGGUCUUACAGGGAUGUAUUUUGCGGUCUCCUGAAAGCUACAAACCCCUUCAUCCCUUGUGUCUUGGUUUCCUAUGUAAAAAGAAAAAACUUUUAUUAAAAAAAUCUGAAUUUUCAGCAAAUAAAAUCUUGGCUGCUACAAUGCCUUUCUUAAAUACUUUGUUAGUAGCAAAUAUGCCAUAUGUGCUGGCAUUUUUUUUUUUUUUGCUGGAUAUCAGAAUAUAUCAUGCUAUUUUGAGGAAGGCAAGUUCAACUAAAAGAUUUAGGCUGUCCGCUAUAAAUUGCAGUGCCUUUAGUGUGCUUGGGAUAAAGAUCGGAAAUUUGAUAGCUGGAGACUCAAGUCCAUGUUAUUAGAUACCAAACUGCUCUAAGCCUCUGAUACGUUCUUGGGCGCUUAUUUUACUUGAAGGCUUAGCUAGUGUUUUAUAAUAAAACCUAGACUUCUGAGGGAGACUUAUGAUGGCAUAAAACAGGGUAAAUUGUCCUGCAGUUGUAAGCCCAGAGUGAGAAUGUUUACAUUUCUCCUUUUUACCACACUGUCACUCAAAUAUCAAUUACAUACCUCUUCAUCUGUGCUUCUAGCACCUUCUUGCUGCAUCUUACCACCUUGAUUAGUCAUCUGCCUUUUAGACCAGAGGAGUUAGGGCAGUGGAGGAGAAGGAUUGCUAACAGUAACGCACUUUGCUACUUAGGUAUGCUGCUUACAGAAAUCAUUUUUUUGGCUUGCAGAAGAAAAAAAAAUAAAGCAAUUCAUUGCAAAGAA